CCUCACAUCAUCUUUAUUUCAUCAAAAACAUAUGCUAUAGUAGUGAUAGUACUAUCAUUGAUAGUACUAAAUAAAAACAAACGCUAAGCCAGAAGUAUAAACUAUACACACAAAUUUCUGAAUCUAUACAUCAUCAAGAACACAACUUUCACUCCCAUCAUCUCUAAUUUACAGUGUCCACUAAAGUGUUUGUCAGCCAGAAAAUGGAGUACAAUGUAGCUAUGAACGGUGGAGAUGGCCCUAACAGCUACACCCAAAAUUCGAAGAUACAGGAAGAGUCAUUCGAUGUCACAAAAUCGCUGCUAAUCGGGUGCAUAAGAGACCAUCUUGAUAUACAGAAAAGUUGCAAAGUUGUCAGGAUUGCGGACCUUGGAUGCUCAGUAGGCCCUAACACAUUUUCAUGUGUUAACACCAUAAUACAAGAAGUGAAACUCAAAUUUGCUACUCAAUUUCCAGGAUUCACCAGCCCCGAGUUUCAAGUUUUCUUUAAUGACACCUUUUGCAACGACUUCAACACGCUAUUCAAUGCUCUUCCUCUCGAUAGGUUGUACAUGGCAGCAGGAGUUCCUGGCUCUUUUUAUGGUCAAUUGUUCCCAAAAGGGUCCAUGAAUUUCAUGCACUCUUCUUUCUCUUGUCAUUGGAUUUCUCAAGUUCCUAAAGAAGUACUAAGAAAGGACUCCAGAGCGUGGAACAAAGGCAGAAUAAGUUAUGUUAGAAGUUCUUGUGAAGUAAAACAGGCUUUUGCUGCUCAGUUUAUGAGCGAUUUUGAAGCUUUCAUUGGUGCAAGAUCUGCAGAGUUAGCGCCUGGAGGGUUAAUAUUCAUAUCCAUCCCUUGCAAGAGCAAUUUAUCCGAAUUAAGCAUCUUGGAAUCAACAGAUAUCUUGGGCGAUGCUUUCAUUGACAUGGUUAAGGAGGGCCUGGUAGAGGAAGAACUUCUCGACUCGUUCAAUCUACCACUCUAUAUACCGACACCGUCUGAGGUGAUUAAAUUAGUGUCCCGUGACGAGCAUUUGAAUAUUCUCAAGGUAGAGGAAUCAUUUCUGGAAGUAAAGAUGAGUUCUGCUGAAGAUAUUAUGUUUGAGAGUUCUCAUCUCAGAGCAGUGAUGGAAGGCAUUAUAAACAAACACUUUGGGCCAGAUAUUCUCAUGGAUGACCUUUUUCAUCGAUACUGCAAUAAACUCAAAGAAUUCUCAACCCAGUUUAAGAAUUAUUACAAGGUUGGUAUUGUUUCCGUGGCUGUUGAACGAGUGAUCUUGCAGGAUGAACUCGUUUAGACGAGUAGAUACUCUUGUUCUCUUAUAAGAGGAGAGGAUCUCAAAGAAGGUCACUUUGUGAGCUAAAAUGCACCCUCAGUUUCAUAUUACAUGUCUGGUUUUGUAUCCAUGUAUAAACAUCAUUAGAAUAUGUUAGACUAUUAGUUUUUAUUGAAAUAUAAUUCUUAAAACUUUUCUAUUA